AUGAGUAACCAGUGGGUGGCAGGAUUGGGAGUGUUGCUGCUCUUGUCCAUGGACACUCAACCAGCCCUGAAGCCAGCAAUGCACCCAGUGAUCAAAAACCAGCCUUUCAACAUCUUUUGGGCUGCUCCAACAGUGUAUUGUAGGCAUAGCUUCAAUGUGAAUAUGAACCUCCAGGUAUUUAACAUUUUAUCCAACCCUACAGAGACAGAGAGUGGAUCAACAAUUACCAUAUUUCAUCCAAAUGAAUUGGGCAAUUACCCUUAUUUCUCUCAAGAUGGAGACUCCUAUAAUGGAGGGAUCCCGCAGAACACGAGCUUGUCUGCACACCUCAAGAAAGUUGCCAGCGACAUCACAGAAGUUGUCCCUUGGUGGAGAUCAGAAGGACUUGCUGUUAUUGACUGGGGAAGUUGGAAACCCCAGUGGGACAGAAACUGGGGCAACAGGAUAACAUAUAGAGAACACUCCCUGGCCUUCGCUAGAAAUCAUCAUCCUUACUGGUCAGAAGCGAAAGUGGAAAAAGUCGCCCAACAGGAAUUUGAAAAUGCCGGAAGGAGUUUUAUGAAUAUUACUCUCACCCUGGCUUUAGAAAUGAGACCAAAACGUUUAUGGGGCUUUUAUCUCUAUCCAGACUGCUACAAUUAUGAUUACAAAGUAAAUUCAGGCAGAUACACAGGUAAUUGCCCAGAUGAUGAAGUUUUCCGCAAUGACCAACUCCUGUGGCUGUGGGAAAAAAGCACCGCACUUUAUCCUUCAAUAUACUUGGAUAAAAUACUGAAGUCAAGUGCAAAUGCUUUGAAAUUUGUUCAUUAUCGAGUUAGAGAAGCCAUGAGAAUCGCUAAUAUGACUAGACAUGACUACGUUUUGCCAGUUUUUGUUUUUUCCAGACCAUUUUAUUUACAUAGCAUUGAAACUCUGUCACAGGAAGACCUAGUGCAUACAAUUGGUGAAAGUGCUGCAUUAGGAGCAGCAGGAAUAAUAUUGUGGGGAGGAGAUGAGUACGCUACUUCAAAGGAGAACUGCUUAUCUGUAAAACAAUCUGUUCAAGGACCAUUGGGUCAUUAUGCUGUUAAUGUGACAUCUGCUGCCAAGUUCUGCAGUCAAAAUCUAUGUAAUAAUCAUGGAAGAUGUGUUCGGAAAAUACCUGAAUCCUCCUCCUAUCUGCAUAUGCCUGAAAGCAGCCGUAAAAAGUACAUCGUCAACAAGAGCCUCAGAUUCAUCCUUUCUGAAACCAGUAAGCUGAAGGCAGAGACAGAAAUGAAGAAUGGAUUUGUAUGUCACUGCUAUUAUGGCUGGCAUGGGGAGUCUUGCCACCAGCAGCGUGUUUCAGAGCUCUUAAAUUAUAUAGUCAACUAA